CCUCCCUGUCACGCUUCUUGCCCCACCCCUUUGCACACAAGAUGGCGGCGCCCAGCGGAGUAGAGGCUGCGCCUGGGGUUUGCUGAGGCUGACUCCCUUUCCCAGUCCCCCUUUGGGCGCAAAGCGCCGCGAGCCCGGGGGACGGGGGCCGGGCGGGGACAGGGGCACCUGCGUAGCUGGACUGCGAGCCCGCGCCCAGCCUGCGCCGCCCCCACCCGGCCCCGGCCCGGCCUGAUCCCAUCCGUUCCCGGUCUCCGCUCGGUCUGAGCCAUUGCCCGACCGUGGUACGCCACCCCCGGGCCUCCAAAGCUGAAGUCUCUCCUCCAUCCCGGGCUCACCUCCACUCUAGAGAUGUUUGGCCUCUUCCCUUCCAAACAGCCCGCCUUCAAAACCGGGACUUCUGGAUCGGCAUCUGGCCCCCUGUCCCUCCACUGAGACUCCACUUCCCUCUGACCCACUUCUUCCUUAGAUUCUUGAUUCUCUCCCUGGGUUGGAGACUGCUCACUUCUCGUCCAAAUUAAUCCCUGACCCCCCAAAUAUUGACAGCCUUGACAGCCCCCUCAACCAGGAGCGAGACUUCCUUUUGGACUAACCUCCGUAGCCCUAUCAUGGAGGCUGUGUACCUUGUAGUGAAUGGGGUGGGCCUGGUGCUGGACGUGCUGACCUUGGUGUUGGACCUCAACUUCCUGCUGGUGUCCUCCCUCCUGGCUUCCCUGGCCUGGCUCCUGGCCUUCAUCUACAACCUGCCACACACGGUACUGACUAGUCUUCUGCACUUGGGCCGCGGAGUCGUGCUUUCACUGCUGGCCUUGAUUGAAGCCUUGGUACGGUUCACCUUUGGGGGCUUGCAGGCCUUGUGUACCCUGCUAUACAGCUGUUGCUCUGGCCUGGAGAGCCUAAAGCUCCUGGGGCACCUGGCCUCUCACGGGGCACUGAGGAGCCGGGAGAUACUGCACCGGGGUGUCCUCAAUGUGGUCUCCAAUGGCCAUGCUUUGCUGCGCCAGGCCUGUGACAUCUGUACCAUCGCUAUGAGCUUGGUGGCCUAUGUGAUCAACAGCUUGGUCAACAUCUGUCUCAUUGGCACUCAGAACCUCUUCUCCCUGGUGCUGGCCCUGUGGGAUGCGGUGAUGGGGCCGCUGUGGAGGAUGACAGACGUUAUGGCUGCCUUCCUAGCCCACAUUUCCAGCAGUGCUGUGGCCAUGGCCAUCCUCCUCUGGACCCCCUGCCAACUAGCACUGGAGCUCCUGGCCUCAGCUGCCCGCCUCUUGGCCAGCUUUGUGCUUGUCAAUCUCACUGGCCUGGUGCUGUUGGCUUGCGUGCUGGCAGUGACAGUGACUGUGUUGCACCCGGACCUCACCCUGAGGCUCGCCACCCAGGCACUCAGUCAGCUCCAUGCCCGGCCAUCCUACCACCGGCUCCGAGAGGAUGUUGUGCGAUUGUCUCGCCUAGCACUGGGCUCAGAGGCCUGGCGCCGAGUCUGGAGCCGCAGCCUGCAGCUGGCGAGCUGGCCAAAUCGGGGAGGGGCACCUGGGGCUCCUCACAGUGGCCCUAGGAGGGUACCCUCAGCUACGACCUGGCGACAGGACAUUCUUCCUGAAGCAGGGCUCAGAUCAGUGGCAGAAGAGGAGGAGGUCAGGAUGGCCAGAGCAGCAGCUGCCCGGGGCCGGGAGAGGCUCAAUGAGGAGAUGCCCAUAGCUGGGCAAGACCCAUGGAAAUUGCUGAAGGAGCAAGAGGAGCGGAAGAAGUGCGUCAUCUGCCAGGACCAGAGCAAGACAGUGCUGCUUCUGCCCUGUCGGCACCUGUGCCUGUGCCAGGCCUGCACUGAAAUCCUGAUGCGCCACCCUGUCUAUCACCGCAACUGCCCACUGUGCCGCCGGGGCAUUCUGCAGACCCUCAAUGUCUACCUCUGAAGACUCCGUCUCUGCCUGCUCAGCCCUCUACGCUCUACGCAGCCACCUGCGCUAGGACAGCAUCAGCACCUGAUCUCCAAUUCCUGGCCUGAAUCCCCACCUGCCCCCAUGGCUGUCAUGCCAAGCCUCUAAGCCAUACAUCCAGGACAUUGAGAUGGGAUACUCUAGGAGACUAUGACCUGGGUGGGGGCAGGGUAAUAGCUUUUCCUUACCCAGUGGGUCCCUGUGAUGCUGAGGGUGGUGAGUGUGUCACUAUGCAAGGCCCUGAGACUGUUUUCUGUGGAUUCCCCUCCAGCUUUCCAGGGCCCACCCAGAUGCCAGCCUCUGGAGCCCCUGUUCUUUGCUUCUGUUUUUUUUUUUUGUUGUUGGAGAUUUGCAGUUUCUCUCCCUGCCCCCUCCUCACUUCUUCCCCAGCUUCUGCAGCCACAACACAUUAGUGUCAUUUGGGUGUUUUGGCAACUCAAGGGCCUUGGAAUGCUCUUGAACCUUUGCUUUCAGCUAGAGCCCCUGUGCCCUGGGAGGCUUUGGGGUAGGAUCUCUUAGGUGCCCUUAGAGCUACCACUACUGCCUGUCAUGAUCUUAUGAGGCUCCCUCCAACCUGACUCAACUGCUGGGAUCAGUUUACCCCUGGGUGGGAGGGAGGGACGGUCUGCACCUGCCUUUGGGACCAUGUACCCUCUGGCACCCCAGCUCCACUGGGACCCUCAGGAGGGAUAACCAGGUUUCUGCUUGUACCCCCUUCACUCCUCACAUCACAGAGGAAAAUGGCAUUCCCUUUCCACUUGUCUCUCCCUGGCAUGGGGAGGGCAGACUGUGCACAUUUCGCUAGGGUCCAAAUACAGAAGGGGCCAGGACCUUGGGGCAUGCAGCUCGCUGAGGGGUCUGUCUGUCCCAGCUUCCAGUGAAUAAAGUCCUGUUGCCAGCUC